UGAGGUAUUGGUUAAAUGCAGGGGGAAAUUAAUAUCCACCAAUUUUUUACUGGCUAUACAAAUGGUUGUAGGGAUUGGCUUGCUUGGCCACAGAUAUUGAAAUUAAAAGAUUGGCCUCCUUCUAAUUUAUUUGAGGAACAAUUGCCUCGUCAUUGUGCUGAGUUCAUAUCUUCCUUACCCUUCAAGGAAUAUACUGAUCCUCACAAAGGUUCUCUUAACCUUGCUGUGAAGUUGCCUAAUGGUUCUCUAAAGCCAGACCUGGGGCCAAAAACAUAUAUUGCUUAUGGAUUUCCUCAGGAGCUUGGACGUGGUGAUUCAGUGACUAAGCUCCAUUGUGAUAUGUCUGAUGCAGUAAAUGUGUUGACUCAUAUUGCUGAAGUGAAACUGGAUUCUGAUAAACUUACUGUCAUUGAGAAUUUGAAGCAAAAGUGAGAGAGUACAACCGGGAAAUUGAGUGUAUCCGACUAGACCGAGUUUCCCAGUUCUUACUGGUUCAGUGUUGGGUUGAUUACAUGGCACCGGGUUAGAUGCAUAUCCGAUUUGAUGGUGAGAUGAUCUGAUAAAUAUUACAUAUGCACCAAUAUUAAUGCAUGAUUCUGAUUUAUUCUUUUGUUUAGUAUUUGUGUAUUGCUCCUGGAUCUAGACCUUCCCCUGUUGCUGUUGCUGCUGCAAGUCACAAAUUAAUCACAUGUAUUUCAUGCUUCGAUGAGCGUUCACUUGCUUAUCAUGCUGUUGGAUAUGAAAGAGGAUCUCACAUUCCAGCAGUAGCCAUUACAUCAUCAGGCACUGCAGUUUCCAACCUUCUUCCUGCUGUAUGUUUCAUUAAUAUUGCUUGUUUUACAUGGAUGUCCUUAUUUUCAUGAAUUUAUUUUAGGGUAAAAUACAUUUUUGGUCCCCCUAUAAUGCUCAAUCUGCAAUUUUGGUCUCCUAGAUACUUUUAUUUUUCACUCAAUGUUUGACCAUGGACAA